GUGCUCACCCCUGUGUGUACACGUCGCAUUGCGUCACGGAAGGGCAUCACGAGGUGCCCAUCACACUCUCUUCAUCAAGACAGAAAACUCUUCAAGGUUUUACCGAAAACCAAAUUCUGUCUUAUCGGUAGCUAAACCUAUACUACUUGUGGGGGACGUGUUCGCUGGCACCCUUUUGGCGUUCAUUAGACAUCUGAGGAUCUGCUUUAUUAUUAUUAUUGUUAUUGAGCAAUGAGCUUGGCACGACUGACAAAGGAGCGCAAGCAGCGGCUGCAGGAGCAGCAGAACGGUGGGGCGGAGUCCUCCUCCACCGCACAUUCCACCGCCGCCUUUGUCAGCCCCAUCAGCACCGCGCUGAGUCGCAUUCGCAGCGACAUGCAGAAGCUGGACGGCGUGACGAGCACCGUGGCGGUGGACGCGAUGGACUCGUACGUAAUCCACGUUACCCACGCCCCGCAGCGCGGCAUCUGGAACGGCGGCAGCUUCGCCUUUCGGCUGGUCUUUUCCGAUGAUUUCCCUUUUAGCGGGCCAAAGGUUCGCUACACCGGACCGAAACGCAUCUUCCACCCGAACAUCGAGGGCGACGACAACAAGGACGACUGGGGUGUCUGCUUGGGUCUGCAGACGGAGUGGCUACCCUCGUGUACAAUCAAGGACAUGGUGGUGGCGAUUGAAAUGCUCUUUGUGAUGCCGAACUACGACGAUCCGCUGCCCGGCGUGUCGAAGACGGCGGCGCAGAUUCUGAAAGAUGAUCCGGGUCGCUUUGCGAUGAUUGCGAAGCGGUGGAUGGGUGGCAACUACAGCAUGUAA